AUGUUCAACCUUCUUCUCACUCUAUCUUUUAUACUUCUUAAUCAACAAAAUUUCUCAAAAGACCAAUUCACUGAUCCACUUUCCGUUUCCACAAACGUACCAAAAACGAGCUCGUCCUCUUCGCCCUCUACACCUUCUACGAUCUCCUCCUCCGUUUCCGUUCCGAUAUCUCAAACCUCGACCACAUUCUCACAACAAUCGAGGCAGGCACCUUCUCACUGGCAGAAACUUCGAGAACUUGUACUAGUCGAUCAAAUCCCAGAGAUACCGCGAACAUCGUCUCUUAUAAAUAUAGAGGAUAAUAAUUAUGUUAAUCGAGCGGUUGAUGGAGAACCACUGGCGACAGGAUCACCAGGAAUCAUAACAGCAGCUACAACGACAACAUCGACGACAGCUACAGCGGCCAUAGGUUCCGUUCUUUCAACCCCAAGUUCGACGUCCACCCUAAUCACACCCCCACCCCCUCCCAAAUCGCUAAAAUCCCAAUACCAAUCUCGCCGCGACGGUGGAACAGGACCUGGCCUUCGAGGCGUUCUUCGGUUCAAGACAACCGUACAACAACGAUCAGAUUAUCACAAAAUGGAAAAAGACUUUGAAAAACUGUUAUCUCGUCGCAACUAUUUUGCAUCUUCAUCUCCAUCAUCCCACUCCUCGUUAUCCUCCUUUCCCUACAACAUUACACCGGCAUUAAACUUGUCAAAUUUGUCUCAGAUGCCUGUUGGAGAUUUUAUGAAGGGGACGAAGAUCGGUAGUGGCGAAGGUAUAGGGGAAGGCGUGAAUUUUUAUGGAGAACUAAUAGAGGUGUUGAAAAAGUGGAAGCAUGUGGUUAAGUUGGCAGCGGCCCAAGAAGUGUUUGCUGAAUUGGCAAGGCCGUUUUUUAAUUAUCCCGUGAAUGGUGAGUGA